UUUUUAUGCAAAUUUGGAAUUGAUUGCAUUCAAUUGUAUAUGUGUAUCCGCUGUUUUGCUUUGGAAUAGCAUGUCAAAUUGUUUCUCAAAUCGGUAUCUGCUUUCAUUUGAUAUGCUUAGUAGGUCGUUGAUUCGAGUAAAGAAGGUUGAAGUUUUUCGGAUCUUAAUUAUGCUGAAUUUGGGCCAUUAAGACCCUAUAUUGAUUGGCUGACCUAUACCAUUUUUGAGGAUCAUUUUUGGAAGUUGGAGAGUUUUGUAUCUGCGUAAGCAUCAUGGCUGGCCUAGAGAUGAACGACUGGAAAAAGAUUGGAUUGGGAUUAACUGGAUUUGGCGUCUUUUUCUCAUUUCUCGGGAUCAUUUUCUUUUUCGACAAGGGACUACUUGCCAUUGGAAAUAUCCUAUUCAUCUCAGGGGUGAUAAUGACCAUUGGAAUCAAGUCCUCCUUGCAAUUCUUCAUGAAACGUAACAACUUAAAGGGCACAAUUUCUUUUGGUGUUGGCUUCUUCUUUGUCAUCAUUGGGUGGCCAAUAAUAGGAAUGGCCUCAGAGUCUUAUGGUUUCAUUGUACUCUUCAGUGGCUUUUGGCCCACGCUAGCAGUUUUUGUGCAGAAGAUACCUGUUAUUGGUUGGGUGUUUCAACAACCUUUUAUUAGAUCGUUCUUUGAUCGAUACCGUGGGAAAAGGGUGCCUGUAUAACUUGAACCUGGGCAAUGAAGUUGGAAAGAAGCAUCCAACGUGUACACGUUGUAAAUUGUAUCUGAGGGUUGAUUAAACCGUGCCGAUGAAGUGUUGUCAGCAGAUACAGGUAUAACUUCACCGUUACUUCUUUUUUAAGUUUGUUGUCGAAAUAGAAAAUGCUUUCUAGUUUUUCUGGAAAUUGUUGCCAUGUUGGCUGUGUAUAACAUCUGAUCAACUUUAAGAUUUGUUUCGGUUCAUUGUUAUAGAUCGAUCAUCUUAGCUCGUACCAUGAACUUUGAUUACAGUGUAAUCUAGUGCAUGAUCGAGAUUGUUUGA